AUGCUUGCUGCACGGUCGCGCGGCGCAGGUCGUGGCGUGGCUGCGCCGAUCCGCUUCCCCACCAAUGAAGAGGUCGUGAAAGCCCUGCAGGAGCGCGUGGAGGCAAGCUCCUUUCAGUCGGCCGGCGUCGUGGCCACCCUGCGCCGCGCGCUGCUGGACGACCCCUCCUCCAACAGCCUCACGUUCUCAUCAGAAGACCAGGUCCUCGCUUACAUCGGGAACCGCGCAGUCCGGCCGGUCUUCACAGACCCGGUCUGCGGCGACGGCCAGUGCGAGGCGCCCUGGGAAUUCCCCGCGUGGGGCCCCUUCGGCUGCCGCGCGGACUGCGGCGUGCAGCCAAACGUGACGCACGUGCUGGUGGCCGUCACGGGGGACUUUGUGGGACACGCGACGCUCAGCCCGCGGCUGCUGAUGCAGGGGGUCAGCUGGAACCUGUGCCUGGACGACGCGCAGCGGCGCAAACGCGGGGAGACCGACCUCUGCUGGUUUGAGGAGGACCAGUCUUUCAGCCAGUACCAGGAGACACAAAUCCAAUCAGUCAGCCUGGUGCCGGGCUCAUGGUACGUACGCGUGCUGGGCGACUUUGCCGGGCGUGUCAGCGGCGCCAUAUACGACGCGACGGUCGAAAACGCCCCGCAGCGAAUGACCGUGCAGGUGCGGUUGGAAGCUGCGUGA